AUGGAGCAGGAGGAAGGUUUGUUGCAUCUGUCCGACGAAGUGCUGCUCAUGAUCAUAAAAUGCGCUUACGACGCACAUGACGUCGUACUCGCCGAGGCGCAGCACCGCUGGCCGCCGGUUGCCGAACCGGGGGCGCUCGUGGAGGUCAUGAGCGCGGUGGGCCUCGUCUCGCGGCGCUGGCGACGCGUGGCGUGCGACCCCACCCUGUGGCGUCAGCGCCACGACAUUGUGUUCGGAGGCGCGCCCUUCCCUCACCUCCAGCCUCCUUUUCCACACAUUGCCUGGCGGCAGGCGUACCUGGCCAAGGCGAAGCGCUGGUGGUGCGUGCGUAACUCGCCCGUUGCGCUGCAGGACGGGUGCCACCCUCCGAUCCUCUUCGCCGUCGUCGAAGGCGCCCCGGCCCUCCUCGACCGGCUCCUCUUGCGCGAGAAGCCGGACACCGUGGCGGAAGACCUGUCGCGCCUGAGCGCCCAGAACCUGGUGCAGGCCAACAGCUUGGAAGUGGCCUUGGCAAGAGAAGCGCGGGGAGGUGAGCGCGACUACGAAGAGUGGUACCUCACGUUACCAAUCUACGAGGCCGCCUGCUGGGGCAACGUGGAACUGAUCAAGCUGAUGCUGGGCCGAAGGCGACAGCCGAGCGGCUUGCUCACCCUCGGCACCGCCAUGCAGUUGGCAGCAAGAGAGGGACGGGAGCAAGUGGUGCGCUACUUCGUGGACAAUGAGUUGGCUCUCGCGCACGACCCGGUGGCCAACGCCCAAGGGCAGUCGGUGGUGCUCGCCGCCUCGCGCGGCCACGCGAAGACGGUGGAGGCUCUGCUCGAGGGCUAUCCACCCGACCUCUUCGACGUUGACGACGAUGACGACGACAAAACCCGCGCGCGAGACACUCUGCGACUGGCGCUGGUUCACGCAGUGUCCGGCGGUCAUGUGGAAACCGUGCGCGUGCUAGUCGAGGAGGUCGACUACAGCUGGCAACUGGGCGCGGUGCGGAGAAAGUGGAGCGGGCGUCUGCUGUCAUCGCGCUGGAUGCGCACCGCUGCAGAGACUUCGCCCGCGCUGGCUAUCGAGUUGGGCUGGCUCCUGAUGGCCAAGGGGUUCUUCAUCGACAGCGGCUGCCCGCUCAACGCCCUCCAGAUCGCAGCUCAGGAGGACGCGAAGAGUGUGUCGCUGGUGAACUGCCUGCUGAGCAUGGGCGCCAACCCGAAGGCCCGCGGCAGCCCGGGCUCGGCCCCGCCCGAGGUGCUGGCAGGACUCAAGGGCAACACAGCCAUCAUCGAUGCCCUUUCCGCUGCGGCCGCCAGCGGCGUGACACCGGCGAUGGUGACGUCAUCUACCACCUUAAAGAAGACAACUGAGCAUGAGGAGGUGGUGCCAGACGCUGGGAAGAAGCGGAAAGCGCCGAGCCACCCGAUGAUGCUGAUGACGACGAAGAGGCGGGAGGCGGUGAUGGCGGAGCGACUUUGGUGA